UUCGCGCCGGUUCGGGGCGACGUUCUGCAAACAUCCACGCAGACAGGGGCAUUGUCCGCACGGGCCGCGCUCAUGGACACCGCGCAAGACAUCCUGCGAGCCGGGUGGGAGCAAAGCACGAUCCGGACGUACAGCCGAGCGUUGUCCGUGCACGUUCACGGCUUCGAACAGCAGGUCGAUUCCAACAUCCUCCCGUUGGAUUCCCCGGAUAAGCUCAUGCUCCUGUUCGCCAGCAUGGACGGCAUGGCAUGGCAAACCAUACGCCUCAACAAAGCAGCCGUCAGAGCGUGGCACCAGAGCAACAACUACAGCCAGGCGAUCAACCUCCGCGUUCAGGACGUGCAUUUUAAAGCCUCGCGCGCGUGUUUUUUCAUCAGGAAACAGAAGAACGACCCGUGUGGCAAAGGCCAAUGGCGUUUCAUUCCGUUCAAGGUUAUUGCUGGGCUAUCCCCGGCGAAAUUCCUGCAAGAUUGGAUGGAUUGGAAAGCCGCGACGGCAGCUCACGUGCCUUUCCUAUUCUGCACCACGACAG